AUGAGUCAUUUUCACAACGACUUACCUGAUGAUCCGAGCUAUUCAAUUUCUUCAAACAUCGAACACAAUAAACCGGUCGUACAUUUGACAACGGAAUCAAAUGAAUGUAAUACCGAUCAAGAUCGACUUUCGAAUAAUUCACUCUUAUUCGAUAAAGUGGUGCCAGUGUCGUCGUCGUCAACGGCUGGAAGAACAACUGCAGCCAUCAUGCUAUCAUUGAUCUACCCUGGCGUUGAUGUUGUCCUGUAUGAAGUGCUCAACAAAUAA